UCUUUGGUUUUUUUUUAUAAAACAAGAAGUGGAGCGAUCCUCGGCGCAAAUCUUAUCAUAAGCAAAUAAUGCAAAAAGUUGGAUGGGCCUUGCACUGCUUAAUGGCAAAGGGACAUCAUGAGAGUGGUGAAUUAGGAUUGCAGGUUGAAAAAUGGCCAGAAAUCACGGAAAGAAAUUCGGUGCAAGAGCCAUAGAGAGAGGAAUCAAACUCGAAGCUCCCGACGGAGGAUGGGGCUGGAGCAUUGUUCUCGCCUUUGGGGUCAAUCACAUCUUUGUGAUCGGAGUCAUACAAAAUUUUGCACUUAUUUUCUCUGAGAAAUUCAAAGGCUACGGAAUUACGACUACAGACCUUUCUUUAAUUUUGAACAUCAAUUCGGCAGUGUGCAAUGGUCUAGGGCUCUUGAAUGGGCCCAUGCUGAGGAAAUUUUCAUGCCGGCAAGUUGGGGUUUACGGCGCACUUUUGCUUUUCUGCGGAACUUAUCUCACCUCAUUGGCAACCACCAUGCCCUACUUCAUCAUCUCAUUUGGAGUCGUUUUUGGUUUGGGCUUUGCGCUGAUCAGCCCGGCAAACUCUUUCUCGAUCAACUCGUACUUCAACAAAAAGCGAGCGCGCGCCAUGGGCCUGGCCGUGACCAUCAGCGGUGUGGGCACCGUCGUCAUGCCCCUCACGGUCAGCUUCUUGCUUCAGCACUACACCCCAGGGGACACGAUGCUGAUCGUGGCGGCCUUGAUGCUGCAUUGCGUGCCCGCGUCUCUCCUGCUGCAGCCCGUUUUGUGGCACAAAAUUCCUGCUCCGGAGCAAACCGACGCGCAGAAAGAAACGAAGGACGUCGCGCAGCCCCUCGUGGUCAAACGAAAGCGGACGACGACCCUGACCUCCGUCGAUGUCGGCAAUUCUAUUUUCAGUGUGGCGGAUGGAGACCAUGACGAUCACUCGCCGAAGCUUUCUAAUAGGAAAAAAUAUGGAAGGAGCGUAUCUCAACAAAGACAAACUUCUCAAAAUGACUGCGAAUCAGGGGAGGAUUCGAUUGUGACCGGAAGUUUGAAAGACUUUGAUGACGAACAGAGUUUAGCAGAUGUAAAAGAAGAGGAUGAAAAUGCUCCCAAAAUGGUGGAACAUAAGAAAACGUUUUUUGCAAAAGUGGUUGCAUUUUUCGACCUGGAUUUGCUCUCCAACCCUGCCUAUGUCAUCACUUCGGCUGGAAUCGCCCUUGCGUUUUGCGCUGAAAUCAACUUUUUUCUUUUGACGCCGGUUAUUUUUAAAGAGGUGCACGGCUUUGAUACGUAUCAAAUUGCAAAGUACCAAUCGUCUCUAGCCGCAGUUGAUUUAGUUUUUAGAUUGCUGGCGCCGUAUAUUGGCGAGUUUCUCAAAUUUUCCAACAGGAAUAUGUACCUCAUCAGCAUCAUACAACUCUCAUUAUUCCGCGCUUUAAUUAUGAUUUUCUUGGAUUACGAAUAUGUGAUCGCAAUCGGAAUCUUCCUGGGCAUGGCGAAAGGAGUGCGAACGGUUUUCAUGCCUCUGAUUUUGCCCGCGCUCGUUCCACUUCACAAACUGCCUUCCGCGAUCGGACUGUUGAUGGUGAUGAAGUCAAUCGCAUUUAUGACCCUCGGCCCAGUUUAUGGCAGAAUAAGAGACGUGACGGGUUCUUUCAUUUACGUGGUGAUCGCGAUUAAUUUCUUUACCAUGCUGACAGCCCUGAUUUGGCUCGUCAAAGACUACUGCUGUCGAAAGAAGUCGGAAAAUAAAGACUGAACUUGUGUAAGGAGAAAUUUUUGAGAAUUUUUGGGCAUGUGUUUCAUUAUUUAUUUUUAUAUUACAUGCUUGUUAUUAGUUUACACUUGCUUGAUAGCGAAAAUAAAGGUAAAAUAUAAUAUAUUAUAAUAUGCAUCACAAAAAAUAUAAAAAGUAUAAUAAUGCGUUUGAUAGUCUGAGAGAAAAGCGUUGCACCAAAAUAAACACUGGCACAGAAAACGACGUUCAAACUUGUCAGUUGCUAUAGAAAAAAUAUAAAAAGAGAUUUCUUAUCAUGAAAAAGCCUCUCUGCUUCCAUUUAUCCAGGCAGGAGAAUAAUAUAAUAAUUGACGAUUUGCGCCACAGUAACUAUGAAAAUUGGACGCCUUUUCUUGUCCAAAAUCUUU